UUAUUUUUAUUUUUGUUGUUUGUUUGUUUUGGGGGGGAGGCAGCUGGAAGAACCCUUUCCUUUUACUGGGCACUUGAGAAACAUAAACCCAUUUUGGAGGGAUGCUGUGUAAACAGGGCAAGCAGAUGCAGACAGAGUUCCCAGGGGCUGGCCUAUGAAAUAAAAAAGUUCAGUACGACUUUUCGGGAUUUCUAUUUUGACUUUGUUUUCCUGCUUUGGCUUUUUUUUUUUUUUUCAUUCCGGUUUUGUUUGGGAGUCUGGGAAUUGAACCCAAAGACUCAAUGCACGUUAGGCAGGCACAUAUAUCAUUACCCCGGUUUCUGGUGCUUGUCUGGUAAUAAUUACUUUAAAAGGCCAGCGCCUAAAACUAAAUGAACAGGGACAUUGUAACAGUUAUUACUACGGCCCCAAAAGCAGACAUUGGUUUUUUUUGUUUUGUUUUUAAAUUGGCAUUUCAGAGCCGAAAAUGCCGACUUGAGCCUGGCGAUUAGCACAGAGGCUUGCAUGUAUCAGUUGCUCAACGAAUAUUUGCUUAGGACUGGGAAGAUGGCUCAGUGGAUAAAGUGCUUGAUGUUCAAGCAUGAGGUGGUGAAAAGCAAGCGACAGGAUAGAUGUCUGUAAGCUUGAGACUUUGGGGAGGGAUUGAAGAAAGGAGGAUCGCUGGAGCUUCCUGGCCAGCUAGUCUACCCAAGAAGGGAAAGACGACUAUUAUUCUAAGGUGUCUUGACAGGGACGAGCCAGCAAAGCCAACCUUAGCUUUGGAAUACACAUACGGAAGAAGAACAAAGGGACAUAACACACCAAAAGACAUUGCUCACUUUUGGGAACUGGGUGGAGGAACCUCUCUAUUGGACCUCAUAAGCAUACCAAUCACAUAUGAUACCUUGAGGACAUUUUCUGUUGUUCUUGUUUUGGAUCUUUCCAAACCUAAUGAUCUUUGGCCCACCAUGGAAAAUCUGUUGCAAGCGACAAAAAGCCACAUAGACAAAGUGAUAAUGAAGCUGGGGAAGACAAAUUCCAAAGCGGCCUCUGAGAUGAGGCAGAAGAUGUGGAGUGUCAUGCAGAAGGACCAUCCGGAUCGUGAGUUAAUCGACCCGUUUCCAAUCCCCCUGGUCAUAAUUGGAAGUAAAUAUGACAUUUUUCAGGAUUUUGAUCCCGAGAAGAGAAAGGUGAUAUGCAAGACGCUGCGGUUUGUUGCGCAUUAUUACGGAGCCUCACUGAUGUUUACCAGCAAAUCAGAAGCUCUACUACUGAAAAUUCGUGGUGUUAUCAACCAGUUGGCAUUCGGUAUUGACAAGAGCAAAUCAAUAUGUGUGGAUCAGAAUAAACCACUGUUUAUCACAGCAGGAUUGGACUCUUUAUGUCAAAUAGGGUCCCCUCCUGUUCCCGACAGUGACAUUGGAAAGCUUCAGGCCCAUUCUCCAAUGGAGCUGUGGAAAAAGGUGUAUGAAAAGCUAUUCCCACCAAAGAGUAUCAGCACACUGAAGGCAAUCCAGGACCCUGCCCGAGAUCCACAGUAUGCGGAGAGUGAAGUUGAUGAGAUGAGAGUUCAGAAGGAUCAGGAACUGGAACAGUACAAGAGAAAUUCUUCCAAGACCUGGAAACAAAUCGAGCUGGACUCUUGAGCCUGGUCCACUAUUGUGGGUUUAUGUCUUCCUUCCCAAUUCAAAUAAGAUUAUUUUCUUACCUUCUGUGGCAACAUGUGAAGAAAGUUGAAAUGUAUAAUAUAGGAGAAAUCUAUUUCUUAUACUGGUACAACUUUGUGAAUGUUCUGGAGUCUUUUAGAUAGAAAAUAUUCACUAUAUAUAAUUCUUUGUAAAUAAAAGAAUUUUCUAAGACUUACCUGUAA